UAAAACUUAUAUUCUUAUAUUUUAAAUUAUAAUAGUGUUUAGAAUAAAAUGAAGUCAUUUCUUUACGUAUUUACGCUUUGCUAUUUUUGUUGUUGUCAAGCCAAGAUCUAUGAAAGAUGCCAAUUAGCUCGGGAAUUGAUGUACAGAUUUGGUUUUAAUCGAAGUGUACUUGGGCAUUGGAUGUGUAUUAUAAAGCAUGGAAGUGGAUAUAAUACAUCAUCUGUAAUUGGGCCAUAUCCCGAUGGAAGUUAUGAUCACGGACUGUUUUCGAUAAACGAUCGGUGUUGGUGUUCACCACCAGACGAUAGUGUUUUAUGUCAAGUUAGAUGUGAAGAUCUUCGUACAGAUGAUAUCACGAAAGCGGUAAAAUGUGCGAGAUUCAUGUUUUCAUUUCGAUCUUUUAAUAUGUGGGAAACUUGGUUAAACAACUGUCGAAACAAAGAUGUUGAUGUUUAUAUUCGAGAUUGCAACUUGAGACGACCACGCAACUGAUUUUAAUAACAUACAAAUCAAAAUAAACGUUAUAUUCUUUUACAUUUUUCUUUAUAAAUUUCGUUACGAAUCAAUUAAAAAAUUAACUCCAAAAUGUCUUGUGUUGUUUAUUUUAUUAAUACAGUAAAAUAAUCUUGAUUAGCUUCGUAAACAGCCAACAUUACGGGAUCGAUCAGAGACAGAUGAGAUAUCACCUAAUAUUUCUGUACGAGUAAAAAUGAUUUUUACAUUUUUGGACUCGAGGGACCUUGAUACGUCGAGAAAUGCAAAAAAAAUUCGGGAGUAAUUUCUGUAUGUAUGAAUGUUAGUGUGUUUGUGUGUGUAUAGGGGAGACGAUUUCUGUUUACCAACCUUUGAAGCUUAAUAACUCCUGUGCUUUUUAUCGAAAACUUCUGAAAUUC